AUGGCUGUUCUCAAACUCGCAUUGCUCGCCGCCGGCGCGUCGGCGUUCGUCGCGCCGACGCCGAAGACGUCGAUGAUGGCGCUCAAGGCCGACGCCGUCGUCGAGGCGGCGGCGCCGGAGCCGGCGGCGCCCGCGGCGGCGCCCGCGGCCGCGAUGACCUUCGGCAAGAUGCUCGGCGACGAGCAGUUCGACUACUCGUCCAUCGUCGGCGCCGAGGGCGGCCUGGGCGUGCCGUACGCGUUCGACCCGAUGAACUUUGCGGGCAAGUACCCGGGCAUGGUGCCGUGGUUCCGCGAGGCCGAGCUCAAGCACGGCCGCAUGUGCAUGCUCGCGUCCAUCGGCAUGGUCGUGCCCGCGAUCGUCCGCGUGCCCGGCGAGCAGUUCCAGGGCACCUACACGGGCUGGGAGGCGCACGACCGCCUCGUCGCGUCGGGCAGCCUCGGCCAGAUCCUCCUCUUCGUCGGCCUCGCGGAGACGCUCGGCGGCAUCCCCGCCGUCGUCGCGACGAUGAAGGGCGAGCGCGCCCCGGGCGACUUCGAGUUCGGCGCGACGUUCAAGCCGACGGACGAGAAGGAGCUCAAGCGGAAGCAGCUCGCGGAGCUCAAGAACGGCCGCCUCGCCAUGCUCGCCUUCAGCGGCCAGGUCACGCAGGCCGUCCUCACGGGCCACGACGCGCCCUUCCUCUGGUAGGCGGCGGACGAGAGGCGGGCGCCGCCGCGGCGGCGCGGCGCCCGGCCCGCGGGGCCCGCGCGGGCGGCGCGGGCGCGCACACCACCCUCGGCUAAACUGUUCUAGCUCGC